CCUCAGAGACGAGGACAUGGAGUUUGAGGAGUCGGGCAUUGGGGAGGAAUGCGGGGUGUUCGGCUGUGUGGCGGCGGGAGAAUGGCCAACACAACUGGAGGUGGCGCAGAUUUUGACACUUGGACUUGUUGCUUUGCAGCACAGGGGCCAGGAGAGUGCUGGGAUUGCCACGAGUACUGGAACAAACUCACCGACAUACACCACCCUCAAGGGCAUGGGUUUAGUGAAUACAGCUUUUAAAGCAGAGGAUUUGCUGAAGCUGCGCAACGGCAACCUAGGCAUCGGACAUACGCGUUACUCCACCACGGGCAUUUCAGAGCUGCAGAACUGCCAGCCUUUUGUGGUAGACACGCUGCAUGGCAAGAUUGCAGUGGCACACAAUGGAGAACUGGUCAAUGCCUCUGCACUGCGCAAAAAGGUUAUGCGUCAUGGCGUUGGCCUUUCCACCAGCUCAGACAGUGAACUUAUUACCCAGCUCCUUGCUUUGACUCCACCCAUGGAGGAGCUAGAUACUCCUGAUUGGGUGGCUCGCAUAAAGAAUCUGAUGACAGAGACACCUACAUCAUACUCAUUGCUAGUUAUGUAUAAAGAUGUAAUCUAUGCUGUGAGAGACCCCUAUGGAAACAGGCCUCUAUCUAUUGGACGUCUAGUACCCAUCUCAAAACUUCACAGCUCAGGUGCAGGAGAAGCAGACACAGAAGGCUGGGUGGUCUCUUCUGAGUCCUGUAGCUUCCAGUCCAUUGGUGCAAAGUAUUAUCGUGAAGUACAGCCUGGAGAGAUCGUCCAGAUCUCUAAAAACGGACUGAAGAGCCUAAGUGUUGUCCCACGCCCAGAGGGAGACCCUCCUGCCUUCUGCAUAUUUGAGUAUGUGUACUUUGCCAGGCCAGACUCCAUAUUUGAAGGUCAGAUGGUAUAUACAGUGAGGCAGCGCUGUGGACGGCAGUUGGCCAUUGAGGCUCCCACUGAUGCUGAUGUAGUGAGCACUGUUCCAGAAUCAGCCACACCUGCAGCAUUAGGAUACGCACAACAAUCUGGCCUUCCAUAUGUAGAGGUGCUGUGUAAGAACCGCUACGUGGGCAGAACGUUCAUUCAACCAAACACUCGCCUACGUCAGCUUGGAGUUGCCAAGAAGUUUGGGGCAUUGACUGAUAACUUUGCUGGCAAACGAGUGGUGCUUAUUGAUGAUUCCAUUGUGAGGGGUAACACCAUCUCCCCUAUUAUUAAACUGCUGAAAGAAGCAGGUGCAACGGAGGUCCACAUUCGAGUUGCAUCACCUCCAAUCCGGUUCCCGUGCUACAUGGGCAUUAACAUUCCUACCAAAGAGGAGCUCAUUGCUAAUAAGCCAGAGUUUGAGGAUAUAGCAGGUUAUAUUGGUGCUACAAGUGUGCGUUAUCUGUCAGUUGAAGGUCUGGUAUCUGCUGUUCAAAGUGGGAUAGAGUCACGUGGGAAAGAUGAGAGGAUCAGCACGAAGACUACUAGAUUGGGUCAUUGCACAGCCUGCCUCACAGGAAAAUACCCAGUGGAGCUGGAGUGGUGAAUUUCGGCCCACAUAAAUGUCCAUUCAUCUCUGUAUAGAGUAGUUUUUUGUUUCUUUUGAAAUUGUUUAAAUGACUAAGACCGUAAUUAAAACUUUGGUGCUGCUUUAACAUUUGUUACAGUUGUAAAUGUCAUUAGGCAGGCCAUACUCCGUGUUAGAAUUCAAAUAAAACAUUCCAUACA